CAGGGGCGGACUGACCAUUUGGAAACUCGGGCACUGCCCGAGGGCCCCGGGUCAGUAGGGGGCCCCAUAAGAUGCCCCUGGUACCUUUUUCAUAGGCUUUUUUGAGUUUGGGCAAGGACACAGGGGCCCCAUGAUCCCCUAUAGCCCGGGGGCCCCAUGAGUUGUCAGUCCGCCCCUGUACAUGCUACCUCAUCAGUGCAGCCCAUCAGUGCUGCCUAUCCAUGCCACCUCAUCAGUGCCCAUCAGUGCUGCCUAUCAGUG